AUGUGCGUUGCAAAUGAACCAAACAGUCCUUUCAGGAAAUAUAAAAUCAAGAAACUACAUUGGUUGAAGAAUCAGCUUUCCGAGGCAGUGGUUCUGUUUACUGAACUCAAGAAAACGAUAAACUCCUCAAAUUACAUCGCUUAUGGUACUGAGCUCAUUGGGCAGAUCAGCAACAUUCAGGAACUUAUUAAUAAAGUGAACAUAACAAGCAUGACAAAUGCACGUAUUCUGUGGUCACAUCUAGAAAAUGUUGUUGAUCUUUGCAAAGUGGCACUUGAUUUGAUUGCUCAUCGGGAUUUUCCACCACUUUGUGACUAUGUUCUUGAAGCUACAGAUGCCGGUCCUGGUGCUGGAGUCUCUAACGUGGAGGUGAAGUACAAAGAUAUUGAAAUUUCACGAUUAAUGGUUGGCCUCGCCUAA